CGAGGAGGAGAAACCAGUAUUGAACCUUCUUCUCUGCAUGGCCAACAAGCAGCCUCCUCGAUGAUCGUUCUCCCCGGGCGACGCAUCGCAUCGCAUCGCAGCAGCUGGAUCCGUACACGAUUGCCGUAGGUAGGGCGCAGACACCGAAAAAACUCGUACCGUGCCGUACGUACGGUACGUUAAGCAACGGAUUUCGGACCUAGUCUUGCCAAUCAACCAAAAUAACGAUACCAAUAAGAACCAUGUUGUCGAUUGUUGCUCGAAGGAUUGCAAAGCCCGCCGUGGCGAGAUCCGGUGAGUACUGUUGGURGCUUGUGACCGUGCCCGUGCUUGUGYAGUGUCGUUGCACGGGCCUUGCUUGCAAACAAGACGGGGGAAAGGCACCGACCCGAAGGAUCCUCGUCGGACGACGGACGGUUUGUGUUUGCUUGCCGAUGGCGGAAUUCUGUUUCGACCCCGGMAGGGUGCGAGACCGGUCCGGAUCCUCCGUCGAUCGGAGCCGGACGCCGGAAUGCCUUUCGGAGCACGUGCAGCGGCGGUUCGAACCCUCCUGCUAGCGGUGUACUGUAUUGGUUUUCUCACGCCCCGCACCGUAUUUGUGCACUAACCUUGCCUCGCUUGUUGCCCCACCCUGCCGCGAUGCGCUGCGCCGCCCGCGGUCGCUUGCCCAACACUGCGUUCUCUCUUUUUUUUUUCGCCCCCUGUUCCAGCCGCCCGCGCCUUUUCCAGCGCCGACCUGUCGUCCGGAGAAAACGUGGUCGUCCCGCUGAUCGCCAACUCCCUGGAGUGGGCCCUGUCGUCUCCGCCGCCACUGCAUCAGUUCACGGAACCACCCCUGGUGGUCGAAACGGACCACCUGGACCUGAACCCCGGACAGGAGGUCGAGGCGGUCCUGGCCGCCGAGGGCCACGAGGUGACCGACAUUAUCGGAAAGGAAAAAUGGGUCCUCAACGAUCCCGCGGUSUACGAGGGCCUCAUCCCCCAGAACGCGGAGUGGACCGAGUUCGUGGACGAAAAGACCGGCGAGUGGGUGUACCUCGACGAGUACGGGAACAAGGUCGACAAGCCGGAGUAGGAAGGCCGUUGCCGAGUGAAAGCAAGCAGGUUUGGUUUGGUUUGAUCUGAUCUGAUUUGAUUUGAUUUGAUUGGUUCGCCGGACGGGCACCGCACGUCUUUCCGAUUCAAGGGAUCUGUUGCGAGCACCGUUGCGGUGCGGGUGGUGGAGAAACCAAUCCGUGUGUUGCUGCGGCCCGCAACAAACGGUGCGUGUUCGAAACGAUGGUGUGCGUGUAUGUGCAGGUGGUUCGUCGUUUUUCGUUCGGGUAGGACGGGACCAUCUCUCUCGGAAAGGUAUGCGGCGUCGAAGUAAGAAAAAUACCACGGCGUGUUUCAAACAGGCAGGWCGUCGAUUAGAAUAAACAAUAAAUGGAUCAUGGCCGUGGGAAAAAAUCUGUKUCUAUUCUACUACAAAAAAUGAACAAAAAAUGAAUUG